CCGGUUCCUCUCGGCUCCCGGCUCCUCCCGGCCCGGCGGCCCAUCGUCCGUCCAGGACGUCGGGAAGCGGGAGCCCGGGACCCGAGGGAGCGCACCAUGUCCGAGGCCGUCGACCUGUCCUUCCUGUCGGAGGCGGAGCGGGAUUUGAUCCUGCGGGUCCUGCAGCGCGAUGAUGAGCUCCGGAAAGCUGAGGAGAGGAGGAUCAGGCGGCUGAAGAACGAGCUGCUGGAGAUCCGGAGGAAGGGGGCGAAGCGCAGUAGCCAGCGGUACAGCGAGCGGACGUGUGCCCGCUGCCUGCAGAGCCUGGGGAGAGUCGCCGCCAAGACCAGCACGUGCCGGGGCUGCAACCACCUGGUGUGCCGAGACUGCCGGGCGGCGGGCGGCCCUGAUGGGGCCUGGCGGUGCAGGGUGUGCGCUAAGGAGGCAGAGCUGAAGAAGACGACUGGAGACUGGUUUUAUGACCAGAAGGUGAACCGCUUUGCUGACCAUGUGGGGAGUGACCUAGUGCGAAUGUCCCUGCGUCGGAAGUCUCCAGCCAGUAAAAGGGAGACAGUGGGACAGUGUCUCCUGCAGCAGUCCCAGAUGGGAGACCCCCGAGCUGGCCGGAAGAGCCCCCAGGAGCGACCGAAAGGGCUCCGGGUGCCGACGGAAACUGCACAGCCCAAGCGAGGAAAGAGCAGCCUGGAGGCGGAGGACGUGAGCGUGGACAGUCGCAAACCCACCUCCUCCAGGCCGGGCAGCCCCUUCCGAAGCAAUUCUCUGAAGAAAGCUGCUACUCUCCAAGAGGGAAGGAGACGCCCAGGCCCCACGGGAUCACCUAUGUCCUCUCUGACCGUCCCUGUUGGUUUCAGGGACCCCUCUCCCUCCCGCGUGGAAAGCGAAGCUUGGUCUGGGGUCUGCAGUGUGGGAUCGGCAGAUGAGAGUGACAUUUUGUUCAAGAAGAAUCCCAGAAGAAUCCGGAGGCCUUCAGAAUACACCAAGUCUGUGAUAGAUUUGCGCCCAGAAGAUUCUGGGAAUGAAAGUGGCUUCUUGGGAGACAGAAGCAAAUCCGUCCCAGGGCUCAACGUAGACAUGGAGGAGGAGGAAGAGGAAGACAUUGACAACCUGGUGGAGAUCCAUCGGCAGAGGACGGCCAGGAGCAGUCUACGCAGCGGCUCCUCCAUGAGCACGCUGGGCAGCAUGGCCAGUCUGUACAGCGAAGCGGGGGACUUCGGGAACAUCUUCGUGACGGGCGAGAUCCGCUUCUCCCUGCGCUACGACCAGCACACCCAGACCCUGCUGGUCCACGUGAAGGAGUGCCGCCAGCUGGCCUACGCCGACGAGGUCAAGAAGCGCUCCAACCCAUACGUGAAAACUUACCUGCUGCCCGACAAGUCCCGCCAGGGGAAACGGAAAACCACCAUCAAACGAGGCACCGUCGACCCGCUCUUCGACGAGCACCUCUCGUACGAGAUCUCUGCAUCCGUCCUGGCCACGAGGACUUUGCAGUUCUCCGUCUGGCACCAUGGACGCUUGGGCCGGAACACAUUCCUCGGGGAAGCAGAGGUCCACAUGGACUCCUGGCAGUUUGACCGGCCAAUGGACGACUGUCUCCCUUUGCAUGGAAAGAUCAGCAGCGAGCCCCUGGCAGGCUCCGUGCCCCAUAAGGGCGAGUUGGUGGUUUCCCUGAAAUACAUCCCAGCCUCCAAACCCACUGUGGGAGGUGAUCGGAAAAAGAGCAGAGCUGGGGAAGGAGGAGAGCUGCAGGUGUGGAUCAAAGAGGCCAAGAACCUGAUGGCUGCCAAAUCUGGGGGCACUUCAGACAGCUUCGUCAAGGGGUACCUGCUGCCCAUGAGGACCAAGGCCAGCAAGCGCAAGACCCCCGUCCUGAAGAAAACCCUGAAUCCACACUACAACCACACUUUUGUCUACCACGGGGUGAGGCUAGAGGACCUGCAGCACGUGUGCCUGGAGCUGACCGUAUGGGACCGCGAACCCCUGGCCAGUAACGACUUCUUGGGUGGAGUCAGGCUGGGCGUAGGCAGUGGACUCAGUAACGGGCAGGAGGCUGACUGGAUGGACUCCUCCGGGGAAGAAGUCAGCCUGUGGCAGAAGAUGCAGCAGUAUCCGGGCUCCUGGGCUGAAGGGACACUCCAGCUCCGCUCCACCAUGGCCAAGAAGCCGGGGCUGUGAGCCCAGAGCAACCCCGGGGAAUUGGAGCCCAAGCCACGGAGGGGCUGGGAGCGAUGGGGGGGGAUCAUUGGAGCCCCCCCGGGGGCUGGUGGGAGAUUCGCUGCAAUGAGCGCAACUGCUUAAGAGGUCGCAGAAUUAGGACAUGAGGAUGUAUAGCUUCAUUCUAUCUCUGAGUGUAUGCAGGUAGAAUUGGCUGUUACACGAUAUAGUGAUGGGGAAUUGUUACUCUUAAAGCAGACUUACGUAUAAGGAUCUAUUCUUGGUAAACUUUUAUUUAUUUAUCUCCAUCUGUCAGAUUCCACUUCGGCCUUCUCUUUUUGAGGUUCAGUACUUUAAGACGUGUAAAAUUCAUAGCUUUCCCCUUCCUUCUCUGUUUUUUUUCCACCCACCCAAGGAGUGAAAGGUGGUUGUAUUCAUGUGUGUUGGGGGUUAGGCAGGAGGGCAAUGAACAGGGCCACAAAAUUCACGUUGCCCCCUUCCUGAGGAACCAGGGUUGGAGGUUGCAAGGUGAGUUCACUGGGGAAGGGAAGGGGGAGAGAGAGCGUGAAUGAAACUACCCUCCUUUUGAUGGUUGUUUGAUUGAACCCAGAUUGUCUCUGGGGGAGGCCGUAAUGGAUUCCUAAACCUGAGCAAGUCUUGGGCAAGGCUAGUUAAGGAAGAGAGGGGAGGGACAGGUCAUUAGCCACCCACCCACAGGCCCCCAUCUGGACUUAGAAAUCUGGUGUCAGAUCGAUCCAUCAUGACUUGAACUCAUUUCUAGACAUCACACUUUCCUCUUCUUCUUACCAAUUGAUUUAACUGAUCAAAGUCUAUUGCCAAGUGACUCAGGCUCAGCAGAGACCAAGCCUUUCCCAGGAGCCCGGUGGGCCAGCUGGCUCUGCCAUAGAGUGGCCGGAGUUGGGGGUGAGGGGGUGAGGCCGCUGUUGUGAAGAGCCCAUUGGUGGUUAGGGAGCGGGUGUGGGGCCUGGAGCAGGGGACAGAUGAGGGUUGAAGGGCUGGUGGCGGGAGGACGGUGAGGUCCCCAGUUGUAACUCUCUCAUCCUGAUCUCCCAGAAGCACAUCCGUUUCAAUAAAGCUUUCUUCCUCGUCUCUG